CCUGUGUUUGCAGCGUCUCCAUGGUUCGAGCGUGGCUCGCGGCGCUCGUCCAAUGAUAUGAGUCCACAUGCCGCGUGGGGGGAGAGAGAGGGACGGCGGCGCGGCGCUUUGAUAAAAGCACGCGGGCAGGAGCGCGCGGGGCCAUAGAGAACUGCGCCACGGUGAGGCAGGCCACGGCACGGUAGCGCACCGGAGCACCGGACGGGCUGAAUGCGGUCCUCCCUCUGCUGCAGACACGCUGCCACCAUUUUCAGGGGACACGAGGACGCCCACGACGCGAGCGGGGGAGGAACUGAACCCAGCUCGUAAUUCCUCUGUAAUUCGCGCGAAGGACAUCCCACCGGGGUCCAGGAAGACGCGAUAGACCGCGGCCAAUCGCUGUCGACGGCCACCGACGUUCACGCGCGGCGCGCAGUUGCUAAAGUCCUCGUCUGCGGGAAAGUGGUGAUAGUUUUGAAGAGUCGGUGUGUGUUUGACAGUGUAACAGUGUUCCGGGCAAAGUGGUGCGCGUGAAGGAGCCGUCCGUCCGUCCGUCCGCCAUGGAGAACGCGCACACGAAGAGUGUGGAAGAAGUUUACAGUUAUUUCAACGUCAACGAAAGCACAGGACUUUCCCUGGACGAGGUGAAGCGACAGAAGGAGAGAUGGGGCUUGAACGAGUUACCAGCAGAAGAAGGGAAGUCUUUAUGGGCGCUUGUCCUUGAACAGUUUGAGGAUUUACUUGUUCGAAUUCUUCUGCUGGCUGCGUGUAUAUCGUUUGUCUUGGCCUGGUUUGAGGAGGGAGAAGAAACCAUUACAGCCUUCGUGGAGCCUUUUGUAAUCUUACUCAUUCUUAUAGCCAAUGCCAUCGUCGGAGUGUGGCAGGAACGUAAUGCUGAGGAUGCCAUCGAGGCGCUUAAGGAGUAUGAGCCUGAGAUGGGGAAAGUUUACCGGCAGGACCGAAAAACUGUGCAGAGGAUCAAGGCCAGAGACAUAGUGCCCGGUGACAUUGUGGAGGUCGCGGUUGGAGACAAGGUACCGGCUGACAUCCGAAUCUGUUCAAUCAAAUCAACAACGCUGAGGGUGGAUCAGUCAAUCCUGACUGGAGAGUCUGUCUCUGUCAUUAAACAUACCGACCCUGUGCCUGACCCACGUGCUGUCAAUCAGGACAAGAAGAACAUGCUUUUCUCUGGCACCAACAUUGCAGCUGGAAAGGCCGUGGGUGUAGUCGUGGCCACCGGUGUCAACACAGAGAUCGGUAAGAUCCGUGACGAGAUGGCUGCCACAGAGCAGGAGAAGACACCCCUGCAGCAGAAGUUGGAUGAGUUUGGGGAGCAGCUGUCCAAGGUCAUCUCCCUCAUCUGCAUUGCUGUUUGGAUCAUUAACAUUGGUCACUUCAACGACCCCGUCCACGGCGGCUCCUGGAUCCGAGGGGCCGUGUACUACUUCAAGAUCGCUGUGGCGCUGGCUGUGGCUGCCAUCCCUGAGGGUCUUCCUGCCGUCAUCACUACCUGCCUGGCCCUAGGCACUCGCCGCAUGGCUAAGAAGAAUGCCAUCGUCCGCAGCCUGCCAUCUGUUGAGACCCUGGGCUGCACCUCUGUCAUUUGCUCAGACAAGACGGGAACCUUGACAACUAACCAGAUGUCUGUGUGCAGAAUGUUCAUCAUCAACAAAGCUGAAGGUGACAGCUGCUCUCUGUCGGAAUUCACAGUCACAGGUUCUACCUAUGCACCUGAAGGGGAAGUCUACCAGGAUGGUAAACCAGUGAAGUGCUCCCAAUAUGAUGCCUUGGUUGAACUGGCCACCAUCUGUGCCCUGUGUAACGACUCCUCCCUGGAUUUCAAUGAGGUAAAGGGAGUUUACGAAAAGGUCGGUGAGGCCACAGAGACGGCCCUAACUUGUCUCGUGGAAAAGAUGAAUGUGUUUGACACGGAAGUUCACAACCUGUCCAAGAUUGACAGAGCAAACGCCUGCAACUCAGUGAUCAAGCAGCUGAUGAGGAAGGAGUGCACACUAGAGUUCUCCAGGGACAGAAAGUCUAUGUCCGUCUAUUGCACCCCCAACAAGUCCCGCUCAUCUAUUGGGAAAAUGUUUGUUAAGGGGGCUCCAGAGGGUGUUAUUGAGAGAUGCACUCAUGUCAGAGUUGGCAACAGCAAGGUUCCCCUCAAUAAAAGCAUCAAGGAAAAGAUCAUGUCUGUGAUCCGUGAGUAUGGGACAGGUCGUGACACCCUGAGAUGCCUGGCUUUGGCCACACGAGACAGUCCUCCCAAAAUAGAUGAGAUGGUCCUGUCUGAGACCUCCAAAUUCUCUGAGUACGAGUCCGACCUGACCUUUGUGGGCUGUGUUGGCAUGUUGGACCCUCCCAGACAAGAGGUGGCUGCUUCCAUCAUGCUGUGCCGUCAGGCCGGCAUCCGCGUCAUCAUGAUCACUGGUGACAACAAGGGCACAGCCGUGGCGAUCUGCCGCCGCAUCGGCAUCCUCACUGAAGAGGACGACAUCGAGCACAUGGCCUUCACCGGCCGAGAGUUUGACGAACUAUCGGCCCACGCCCAGCGGGAGGCUGUGACUCAUGCUCGCUGUUUUGCCCGUGUUGAGCCCUCCCACAAAUCCAAGAUCGUAGAGUACCUUCAAGGAUUUGAUGAGGUCACUGCAAUGACAGGUGAUGGAGUGAAUGACGCCCCGGCCCUGAAGAAAGCGGAGAUCGGCAUCGCCAUGGGCUCUGGUACCGCCGUGGCCAAAUCUGCCUCGGAGAUGGUCCUUGCCGAUGACAACUUCUCCUCCAUUGUGGCUGCCGUUGAAGAGGGCAGAGCUAUUUACAAUAACAUGAAGCAGUUCAUCAGAUAUCUUAUCUCCUCCAAUGUGGGAGAGGUUGUCUGCAUCUUUUUGACUGCUGCGCUGGGUUUUCCUGAGGCUCUGAUCCCAGUCCAGCUGCUCUGGGUCAACUUGGUAACAGACGGCCUCCCUGCCACUGCCCUUGGCUUUAACCCGCCAGAUUUGGACAUCAUGGAGAAGCCUCCCCGCAACGCCAAGGAACCCCUCAUCUCUGGCUGGCUCUUCUUCAGAUACUUAGCCAUUGGAGGGUACGUGGGUGCAGCCACAGUUGGAGCUGCUGCCUGGUGGUUUACGGUCUCCGAGGAUGGACCUCAGAUCACUCUGUACCAGCUGAGCCACUUUCUCCAGUGUGCCCCAGACAACCCAGAGUUUGAUGGCCUGGACUGCCACGUGUUUGAGUCACCUUACCCCAUGACCAUGGCCUUGUCAGUGCUAGUCACUAUUGAGAUGUGCAAUGCCCUGAACAGUCUAUCAGAGAACCAGUCCCUGCUUCGUAUGCCCCCCUGGGAGAACAUUUGGCUGCUAGGGGCCAUCUGCCUCUCAAUGUCCCUCCACUUCCUCAUCCUCUAUGUGGAGCCUCUGCCUGUCAUCUUCCAGAUCACCCCCUUGGACACAACACAGUGGAUGAUGGUGCUGAAAAUCUCCCUGCCUGUCAUCCUGCUGGACGAGCUGCUAAAGUUUUUGGCCAGGAACAACUUGGAAUUUGGUAAACAGCUGGAGAAAGCGGCCAGCAAAGGCUGCUCUGUGUCUGCAUGUGCCAAGGGCAUCUCCUGGCCUUUUGUGGCCAUAUCCCUGCCCCUGGUGCUGUGGAUCUACAGCACCGACUCUAACGUGGCCUCCAUGCUGUGGCACUGACUGACUCAAUUACACCACCCUCCCUGCACACCGGUGUGAAGUGGACAUUAACACACACAUACACACACAUCUAACACAGUUACAUCAACGUGGAACACUCAACCCUUUCACCCGCUCUGACAGUCUAUAAAACUGUCAAGGUCUCUUGUAUUUAAGACCCUUUCAUCACUGCGUGUUUUGGGUGGGGGUGGGUGUGGAUUAGUCAUAUUUUAAUGACUUUGACUGACAUGUCUGUUCGUUUAAAUUGACCACCAUGCUUUUUCUCCUUCAAUCUCCCAUUUUGAACAGUUAGCAAUGUCCAUGGUGUCUAAGCUGUGUUAAGUUGUACAGAGAAUUUACACUAUUUUAUAAUAACUAAUAUUUUGUAAUUCGGGAAAGAUGUGGGGGCGCUGGGUACGAAGAGGAUAUGAUUGUAUGGACCAAAUAAUAGCAAUUGUUUGGGUAACGUCCUGACUGUAUUUGCCCUAGCAUGAAACGCUAUAGUAAUUUUUGAGCUCCUUGCAUCUCAUUCAUUAUUUUCUGCAUUAGGCAGAACACAGCUACCUCAGGGCUGUUAAUAUGACCACCACUACCCAUCUGUAUUUCACAUUAACGGUUUGAGUGUUGACUUAAGUUUGCUUUACAGAACAGACAAAGCCGUCACGCACAUUUUUGUGUUUUUUAGUGUUUUUGUCAUUUUUACGAACAAAUGUUACCAGUUUGUUUCAAAAAUAAUUUUGAUACAACCUGUUAAAUUUGUUUACUUGAAACACACCCUGGUUGUGAUUUAGUUUUUUUUAAGUUGAGUUUUUCAGAUAUCUUGUCUCCUAAUUAAAGUGAUCUUUAUAAUGUAUGUAAAAUGUGCACAUACUGUACUUGAAUAUGUAAAAAAACACCACCAAACUAUUAGUUUUCUCAAUUCAGCACAACAUUGACUGAGACCUCUGAAAGACUUGGAGGUCAUUAGACGAGUGCAUAUCUGUAUAUAGAACACAGUACGAUCUCUAGAUUUCCUUUCAAACUGCUCCAUGAGUUCUUACUAGUUUACUAGUCAGCUGGCAGACUAGCAUGGUCAUAAUCUUUGUGUGUGCCUGCUCCAGUAACACCAGGCCAGUCAGUACACAAGAGUUGUUUCGAUUCAAAGCUACAGUAACCGUUGUUUCCUCCAAUGCUUUCAGUGCACGUCGUCCUGCAUGCAGCUACCAGCACCCUCUUAUUCCUUCACACAGCAGUCUGUCAUUACUCAUGACAAUGACAGCAAUAACACCUCCUCGUGGUUGUAAUAGGACUAGUUCUGUUUGUUAUGCUUUUUAGUGGUACAUUACUAAACAGAAGUUGAUAAUAAUGAUAACAAGGCUUUUGAGUUUGUUUAGAAAUGCCUUCGAUGUCACAAAGUGCCGGGCAGCUGCUGACUGACUGAUAUGAGUGUUUUGCAUUUUAAUUUGACAGCGCCACUGGUACCAGUUAUUUCUGACUGUAGACUGGCAGCUGGUAGACAUUUAGGUGCCCCCUCAGCAUUAAAUGGCACGGUGUUCUCUUUUAUUCCUAUGCCUUUCUAUAGCUGCAUUUUGUUCUAUAGCAUGGCCUUUUAUGCUCUGUUAGAAACAGAACUACUGCUGAAGUUGAAAUAUUUGCUUCUUGUGUGCUUCUACUUUCUGUGAUUCCUCUUCCUGUUGAUUUGAUUGUUCUUCUCUUUUUCUUUGCAGCAAAGGCCAAGUAACUACAUCUACUAUAAAUUCCUUUCAGGAACUUUGGUUUGGUUUUGUGUUGUGCAUGUGUGUUUUGGGCAGCACAUCUUAAAAGAGCUGCACGUCAGUUAAGUAAUAUGAAGUCAGGAGCUCUUGGUUCAUCCUUUUUACAGAACAUCCAUAAAUAUGUCUGGUGAAAACUAGCCAAUCCCAGCUCAUCAGGCUUUCCAUCCCACUGCAUGAAGAGCCUUAGAUUAAAAGACAAAUUCUUAGUGUACUGUGUACAGUAAAAUGUACAGUAUUCCAUGGUGCAUGUCAGCUGAGUCAGCAACCUGUUUUACCAGACGAGUAACAAUGUAUAGUACUGACAAAUAGAACAGUCGAUCAUCACAUUAGAACAGAUGUUAAAUAAGCUAAAAACUGCUCAUCUUUCCUAAGGAAAUACUUUUAUGGAUAUUUAAAAACCAAACGUGCAACGUUCCAAACGAGACAUGCAACAUGUGUGAAGCAGAUUUUGCUGUAUCUGGGAAGUUGGACGUGCAGUGAUGCAUAUGUUUUAUCAGGAAUGACGGGCAGUUCCUCUGCUGGCGUUUGUUGCCAAACUGCUGUACUGUAUUUUUAGAGAUGAUUGUACAAUGGCAUCACGUGAACUUUGGUUUCAGGUAAAUAAAACUGUCAUACAUUGAA